GAGGCCAACAAUGAAUAAUUGAGAUUAUAACACUUUUUAAAUAAAAGUAGAAAUCUAAACCACAAGAGCCAUUUUUAUACUUUACUCUAAAUAUAUUAACUAACUUAAUCCCAAAGGUCAAGUGACAAUAAUAGCUUCAAACAACCUCACAUUCCUUUUAGUCAACCCACUUCCAUCCAACAAAACACAACAACAAUGGAGAUCAAGAAACCAAAUCAUCUUCAUCAAUAUCAUCUCCCCAACCCGACCCGAAUAAUAUUCAUCCUCAUCACCAUCCUCUCUCACUCCACCACCACCACCACCACCACCACCACCACCACCACCACCACCACAUCUUUCCCAAAACCACCACCAAUUCCCAUUCUACCCCUACCCACAUCCCACCAACUCUCAUGGCAACUCUCCGAAAUGGCACUCUUCCUCCACUUCGGCACCAACACAUUCACCGACACCGAAUGGGGCACGGGUCAAGCCGACCCAUCAGUCUUCAACCCGACCCAGUUAAACGCAACCCAAUGGGUCACUGUUGCAAAGGAAAACGGGUUCUCUCGGGUCAUCUUAACCGCCAAACACCAUGAUGGGUUUUGUUUGUGGCCGUCUGAUUACACGGACUAUUGUGUCAGAUCGAGUAAUUGGAGAAAUGGGAGUGGUGAUGUUGUGGGUGAUCUGGCUAUGGCUGCUAGAGAAAAUGGGGUUCAAUUGGGGCUUUAUCUUUCUCCAUGGGAUAGACAUGAAGGUGUUUAUGGGAAAACUUUGGAGUAUAAUGAGUAUUAUAUGGCUCAAAUGACUGAAUUACUCACCAGAUACGGGAAUGUAAAUGAAGUAUGGCUAGACGGUGCUAAAGGCGAAGGAGAGAAAGACAUGGAGUAUUUCUUCGAAAACUGGUUCAGCCUGAUCCACCAGCUGCAGCCCAGUGCGGUCAUAUUCUCCGACGCAGGUCCGGAUGUCAGAUGGGUCGGUGACGAGGGUGGGUACGCAAGCACCACUUGUUGGUCCCUUUUCAACUGCAGCAACGCCGCCAUUGGCAACACCGAUUCCCGAUACUCGCAAGGCGGUGAUCAGCUCGGACACGACUGGGUCCCGCCCGAGUGUGAUGUGUCCAUCCGACCCGGCUGGUUUUGGCACCCGUCUGAGUCUCCGAAAUCCGCUACGGAACUCCUUGAGUUGUAUUACAAUUCGGUGGGGCGAAACUGUCUUUUACUACUAAACGUGCCACCGAAUUCUUCGGGUCUUAUUUCCGAAGAAGACGUUAAAGUUCUUAGAGAGUUUACCGACCUAAGAAGAUCGAUUUUUUCUCAUAAUCUAGCGAAGACCGCUAUCGUUUCCGCUAGCAGCACGCGCGGUGGUUAUAAUGAUACGCGGUUCGCCGCGCGUUUGAUUUUAGACGAAGGUAUUUUUACUUACUGGGCGCCGAAUAAGAACAAGUCUCCUUGGGAAAUAUAUCUUGAUUUUCAAGAACUGGUGAGUUUUAACGUUGUACAAAUACAAGAACCGAUUCAAAUGGGGCAGAGGAUUGCGAAGUUUCAUGUAGACGUUGUUAACGAAGACGGUGGAUGGUCUGAAGUUUUUAAUGGGACCACAGUUGGAUACAGGAGGCUUUUACGGUUCCAGAUGGUGAAAACCCAGGGUCUACGGCUUGUUAUCGACAAGGCUCGAGCAGACCCGUUGGUUGCUUAUUUGGGAGUUCAUGUUGAUACGGUUUCUAUAAAUCGGGCCGUGAAGUGUAACACGAGCUUGUUUUCUAACUUUAAUGAUAGUCAAGUUUUGCAUCAAAUUGUUCAUAACCAUACUCGUGUUUCUUCGAUAUAGUCAAGAAGCAUAGCAGCCAUGGAUCCGUCGUAUCUUCAUCUUCGGUUGUAAGUAGUUGUGGGAUCAAGAUUCACGAUUCGUUCAAAGUCGUGAUGCAAUGCUGUAUGCUUGGAUGCUGAUACUUGAUUAUGAAGAACAUUUAAACAUGUUGUAAAAUUAGUGUACUUUUGAUAUAGGCAUUAUUCAAUUCAGAAUACUUUAUACAUGGCUGAAUCGUUUGUUCAUGAACAUUUGUUGAACGAAUUUCGUUACCUCAAACGAUUAAGUGAUAAA